AUGCCUUUGCGAAAGAAACGUAAUUUCAAAAACUUGACACUCGGCAAUUCACCUGUUGUUGUAAGCCAACCAGAAGCAGUACCUGACAAACGACGGUCAUCUGUGCGACGCCUUGAAGAAGAAUACGACAGGCUGUGUGAAAAGAUUAAGGAUCUGGAACCUGGUCUUGAAUUGCGACUGGAUCUACGUCCUGACGACUUUGAGAAUGUUGAUGAGUUGGGUCGUGGUAACGGCGGCACUGUAUGCAAAGUACUGCAUGUAAGGACAAAUACGGUGAUGGCUAAAAAGGUUAUUCACGUCGAGGCCAAUAUGAAUGUUCGAAAACAAAUCAUGCGAGAACUUCAAUUCAUGCACGACUGCAACUCUCGGCACAUUGUCAGCUUUUAUGGUGCGUUCAUGAAUGGUGGUGACAUUUCGAUCUGCAUGGAGUACAUGGAUGUCGGUUCACUGGAUAGGAUUUAUAAGAAACAUGGACCAAUUCCUUUGGAUGUGUUGGGCAAGAUUGCUUAUGCAAUUGUGGAUGGGUUGAUAUAUUUGUAUGAUGAGCAUCGGAUCAUCCAUCGGGAUUUGAAGCCAUCCAACGUGUUGGUUAAUUCUCAGGGACAGAUCAAGCUCUGCGAUUUCGGAGUCUCCGGGCAACUCAUCAAUUCGGUGGCAGAUACAUUUGUUGGUACAAGCUCUUAUAUGAGUCCGGAACGUAUUAUGGGAUCUCCUUAUUCUGUAAAAUCCGAUGUUUGGUCUCUCGGCAUCUCGUUAAUGGAAUUGGCCUUGGCAAGGUUCCCUUUCCCACCCGAUGGCAAUGCAUUAUCAAUCUUUGAACUCUUGCAACAUAUUGUGAACGAGCCUGUUCCAUCGUUUCCACCCAACAAGUUCCCCGAUGUAUUGACAGACUUUGUGGACAAAUGCUUGGUGAAGGAUGUCAAACUUCGAGCAACGCCAAGUGAUCUCAUGAAACAUGAUUACCUUGUCAAUGCAGCAGCAGCCAAAGUGGACCUCGUCAAAUGGGCGUGCAAUGUAUCAAGUCCACCUGAAAGAAUCGAUCUCUCUAAAUUGCAAUCGUCAUCCAACGCUACCAGCAGAUCCUAA